GUCGACUUCGCCGCCCCAGCUGGUGUCGCCUUCUUCACUGGAACCUCUUCCUCCGAACUCGAAUCCGAGUCACUCGAUGACUCCGCCUUCUUCGACGCCACAACCGGCGUCUUCUUCGACACUGCAACCGGUGUCGUCUUCGUCGCCCCAACUGAUGUUGCUUUCUUCACUGCAACAUCCUCCUCCGAGCUCGAAUCUGAGUCACUCGAUGACUCCGCCUUCUUCGACACUACAACGAUUGACUUCUUUGCCACUACAACCGGCGUCGACUUCGCCGCCCCAGCUGGUGUCGCCUUCUUCACUGGAACCUCUUCCUCCGAACUCGAUUCCGAGUCACUCGAUGACUCCGUCUUCUUCGACACCACAACCGGCGUCUUCUUCGACACUGCAACCCUUGUCGACUUCGGCGCCCCAGCUGGUGUCGCCUUCUUCACUGUAACAUCCUCCUCCGAACUCGAGUCCGAGUCACUCGAUAACUCCGCCUUCUUCGACACCACAACCGGCGUCUUCUUCGCCACUGCAACCGGUGCCGACUUCGCCACCCCAACUGAUGUCGCUUCCUUCACUGGAACUUCCUCCUCCGCACUCGAAUCCGAGUCACUCGAUGACUCCGCCUUCUUCGACACUACAACGAUUGACUUCUUUGCCACUACAACCGGCGUCGACUUCGCCGCCCCAGCUGGUGUCGCCUUCUUCACUAGAACCUCUUCCUCCGAACUCGAAUCCGAGUCACUCGAUGACUCCGUCUUCUUCGACACCACAACCGGCGUCUUCUUCGCCACCGCAACAGGUGUCGUCUUCGCCAACCCAGCUGGGGUCGCCUUCUUCACUGGAACCUCUUCCUCCGAACUCGAAUCCGAGUCACUCGAUGACUCCGCCUUCUCCGACACCAAAACCGGCGUCUUCUUCGACACUGCAACCGGUGUCGUCUUCGUCGCCCCAACUGAUGUCGCUUUCUUCACCGCAACAUCCUCCUCCGAACUCGAAUCUGAGUCACUCGAUGACUCCGCCUUCUUCGACACCACAACCGGCGUCUUCUUCGACACUGCAACCGGU